GUGAUCUCAGCCAUGGCUUCCACGGACUCCCGGCGGAUGGGGAAUGGGGGUGGUGUUGGGGGCGCCUUCCAGCCAUACCUGGACUCUUUGCGGCAGGAGUUGCAGUAGAGGAACCCGACGCUGCUGUCAGUCGUGGUGGCGCUCCUUGCGGUGCUGCUGACGCUAGUGUUUUGGAAGUUCAUCCGGAGCAGAAGGAGCAGUCAGAGAGCUGUUCUUCUUGUGGGCCUUUGUGAUUCCGAAACAUUGCUUUUUGUCAGAUUGUUAACAGGCCUUUACAGAGACACUCAGACUUCCAUCACUGACAGCUCUGCUGCCUACAAAGUCAAUAACAACAGGGGCACUAACCUGACCUUGAUUGACCUCCCUGGACACGAGAGCUUGAGACUUCAGUUCUUAGAGCGAUUUAAGGCUUCAGCCAGGGCCAUUGUGUUUGUUGUGGAUAGUGCAGCCUUCCAGCGAGAGGUAAAAGACGUGGCUGAGUUUCUGUAUCAAGUCCUCCUCGACAGUAUAGGUCUGAAGAACACACCAUCAUUCUUAAUCGCUUGUAAUAAGCAAGACAUUACAAUGGCAAAAUCAGCAAAGUUAAUUCAGCAGCAGCUUGAAAAAGAAAUCAAUACUUUACGGGUUACCCGUUCUGCUGCCCCGAGCACACUGGACAGUUCCAGCACUGCCCCUACUCAGCUGGGGAAGAAAGGCAAAGAAUUUGAAUUCUCACAGUUGCCGCUCAAAGUAGAGUUCCUGAAGUGCAGUGCCAAGGGUGGAAGAGGGGAUGCUGGCUCUGCUGACAUCCAGGACUUGGAGAAGUGGCUGGCUAAAAUCGCCUGAGGACUAGAUCCAAACACAAGAUGUGAAUGUGUGUAUGUGUGAAUGACAGUUUUGGAAAAGGAUGUGGUAGUCUGGAGGGAUUAUUUCAAAUAUAGUUAGGAACUUUUGCUUAUUCUGGAAACAAAUUAUUGUUGAAACCAGUGUGGAAUUUUUAUUUUUUAAGCUCAGUUCUCCCAUAUUGCUUUCAAGCUAGUUAUUUUAUUUUAUUUGUGUCUUCCCUUUUUAAAGUGUAUGUAAGAUCCCUUUAGUAUAUGCUUGAUGUAAGGUCGAGGUCUAACAAGUGGACCUCAUAUAGAGAGGAUACUAUCAUGAGAAUAUGAUGUCAUCUAAAA